GUAUUUAGUGUUAAAACAGUUGAGUUGGUGAUUAGUUAGCAGUUGGAAGUGAAAUGUGGAAGAAGUUAAUUUGUGCUCUAGUUCUUGCGGCCUUUUUGGGCCUGCAGACGGUUAACGGUCUGUAUUGCUACACCUGCGAUUCGCCGAGCUCCUGUCGCUCCCCCACCUCACAGUACUGCAACGUACAAACUGCCAACACGACCAGCGGCUGGCUGAGAAGGAUUCACAGCAACGUUCCAAGCAUCGUGGAAAAUUCGUUCAAGUGCCUGAAUCUAACAUAUUACUACUCCCAAAACAACGUGAAAACCCAAGAGAUUCUGGGUUGCUACUAUAGCUCUAUACCAGUUUGUUAUCUAAGUCUGAAUGUGACCAACAGCUAUGACUGGGCUAAGUACUGUAACACGUGUAACUAUGACAAUUGUAAUCGCAAUCCGGCGGGAACUCUUAGCAAGAGCAGCUUUACCAUUGUGUCUUCGGCUUUGCUCCUGAUCCUAGCCAAAAUAUUCGUAUAAGGAAUAUGAUUUUUUAAAUACAAAUUAAAGCCCGUACAAUCUUUUCCGUAA